AUGUUGCCAGCACGUCGGCAAUUAAUUGCUCUCGUUGUGGUGACAACAUUAGCCUGUUGUUGCCGUUUAACUGUCGCACAGAACUCCACGUUUGUGGCAACAAUUGUCAGCAGCAACAACACAUUGCAGUCGCCGACUGAGACGCGACUCAACGAAACAAUAACAAUCAAUAUAAGUGAGAUUAUUGCUGCUGCUAGUUCAACAACAACAACAGCAGCAACAAGCUCAACAGAAGCAACAGCAACAUCCACAACAACAGCAACAAGUUCCACAGAGGCAACAGCAACAUCCACAACAACUGCAACAACACCAGCAACAGCAACAAGUUCCACAGAGGCAGCAUCAACAUCCACAACAACAGCAACAAGUUCCACAGAGGCAACAUCAACAUCCACAACAACAGCAACAAGUUCCACAGAGGCAACAUCAACAUCUACAGAGGCAACAUCAACAACUGUUGCUACAAACUCAACGACAGAGCCAGCAGCAACAUCCACAGCGGCAGCAACAUCCACAACAUCCACAGCAACACCAAUUAUAACAACAGAGAUCAACAGCAGCAGCUCAACAACAACAACACCUGCAACAUCAACAACAACAACAACUCUGGCACCAUAUCCAAUGGCACCAUAUCCCACAGUUUUUGGCGAGCUGGCAACCCUGGACAUUGCUAGGCAACUGGUCAAACACAAGGGUCGCAAAGGUCGUAAAGGUCGCAAAGGUCGCAAAUUAAGAAGACGCAGCACAACAACAACAGCACCCACAACAACUACAACCACAACAACAACAACAUCUACAACAACAACACCAUUGCCUGAUGAUAAUAGCAAUGAUGAUAAUGACAAUGACAAUGAUAAUGACAGCGAUGUAAGUGUCUCAGAUGAUUUAAUGCUGCUGGAACCGUUUCCAGAGUUGCCACUCAAAUUGGGCAACAUCCACAAUCAACGCAUUCCACAAUAGAGUUGCCAACGAUGCUCAGUGAGAAAGAGAAAAAAACAAUUAUGAACAAUU